UCGGCCCAUUCGACAGCCCUGAUCACCUAAAACUAAGAGAAUCUCGGCCGAAAGAGACCCUACCCACGUGAAUCUCUCCGGUCUACUAGAUAUAACAUGUCCGCCACGGCUGCAGCCCCAAGGGCGAUGUCACAGCCCGUUACGGCUAGACGGAAGAUGAGAAAGGGGACGCAUAGCUGCAGCGAAUGUCGAAGGAGGAAGAUAAAAUGCAAGUUCCAUCCUGGAACUUCAUCUCCUUGUAUCCCAUGUGCUGCUCGUGGUUCCCGCUGUCUCGACCAACGAGACAUGACUCCAGUGGAAGAGAGCAAUAUUAACACCGAAAGUGUAAGCUUGCAACAGAGGGUCACUCUUCUCGAAAAGAUGGUUAGGAAUCACGCUAUAACACAUGAGGCGACCAUUAGCCAUGAAAGGGCUAAUACUGAAGAUGAGUCAGUCGAGGCAGAUGAAAGAGCCCCAUUUGUGUCCAUGCUCAACAAAGCCGAGGGAUCGGUAGAAACUCGUCAGAUUGCCAGGCCUGUUCACGAAAUUCCAUCUCACAAAAGUCCGCCGUUCUACACGCAAAGCUCGAGUGAAGCAUGCUCAAAACUUCGCUCCCUUCUACCAGAAUAUGAUGUCUUGUUAUCUACGCUGUCUGAGAAUGGGGCCUGGUGGAGCAGUUUCCGUCACAAGGUUGAGGUCAUUUGCCAGGGAUCUUACGAAGACCUGGCCGCUUUUGCUGCCCGUGUCUAUACGAGUAGUGACCCUGCUGAGCUUGGCAUGCUUGUUGUUGCCUAUGCUCGUAGCACGGGGCAUAGCAAUCAUCUAUACGGGCUCGUUGAUAGGCUGGCCGUUCCCGAUUCUGCGCACUGUUACUCUCCGGAGGCAUUGGAACUUCUUUUAUUGCUGGCUAAAGCCUACAGUGAUGUUGGGCAACCUCGACAGUCUUGGAUGAUGUACAGAAAAGGCCUUGCUAUUUCAGAAGUUAUGGGCCUGUAUAGACGGGAAGUGGUGUCUCCUCGUCUGAAGAGUAUCUGGUGGGCUUUUUACCACGGAGAUCGCUUCUCAAGCCUUCUUCUUGGCCUUCCAUAUGGUUUCAACGACGCUCAUCUUGGUCCAACCGUCGAACCAUCUAACGUGCCUGUAUACCCAGAGCAGCGCUUCGUUCUGCGGUGUGCUUCGAUUGCAGGAAAGAUCAUUGACCGUAACAUGAUGCCCGGGAAGCCAUCUUCUGCAAGUUCAAUGCUUCUUGACGAACAAAUGGAUACCAUCGCCUCUUCUAUGCCGUUGAGCUGGUGGGAUCUACCCCAGUCACUGCCAAACUCCCAUCCGGAGACGGAUGAGCUGAGAAAUCUUUUGCUAUUGCACUUUUACUUUUUUCAUGUCAGAAUCAACCUUCAUUUGCCAUUCAUCGUCGGUGCAGAGUCAACAUCUCCUCGAGGCUCUCACAGACUGGCAUGUUUGGAAGCCUCUCGGAAACUACUCAAACGCUUUACCCUUUUGCGUACUCAAAUUGAGGGUUUCAGUAUCUUUGACUGUAAAACAAGCGACUUUGUCGGAUUCAUGGCUUGCGUAUCUCUAAUCCUAUGUCUCUCGCAACCACGGUCAGACGAGAUGAUCGUUCCGGUCCCAGACGAGGAUCAAAACCUGAUUGCACAAGUUCAAGGCAUAUUUGGAAGGGAAGAGAAGGCGGGAUGUAAGGUUGCUUGUCAAUGUCGAAGGAUGCUUGACAUAUUGACGGGUAUUGCUGUCGACAGUGACGAAAGCUUAUCAAGCAAACUACCAAAUAGGAUUGCAAUCCCUCACUUCGGAUAUAUCCGUCGGGAUUUAGUUCAACAGGCUGGAUUGCAAGCCACAGCAAGGGUCUCAAUGGCAAGCUACACGGAGCAAAGCAUGACAGUGGUUCCAGCCAUCUCGAGCGAUGGUCUGGGUGGGCUAGGUGUCGGGUCUGGAAGUUGCAAUUGGUUAGAGACCGUGGAAACUGGAAUGUGUUGGGAGUUUGGUGGACUUGAACAAUUUCAGGUUGGAGAUGAUCUAUCAUCGUGGCUUGACACUGCGAUGCUAGACGUAAAUUUAGAAUUGGACAUGUCGUCAGCUGGAUUCACGUAUAACAGUUAGCUUUGGUAGAGGGCCAUGUUCCGCCAUAUUGAAUCUAUAAAGUACCGACUAUUGAGAACCA